CAGUUCAGAUGAAAAAAGAAUACCGACGCGUGCCGACGUUGCGCUAACGCCGCGAAAGAAUAUUCGAUUUUUAAACGUAUUUACUUUUGGAAACGUUUGUAUUUUUAAAGUUGUCCUUCAAGUCAGUGCUCUUUUAAUAUUAUUGAUUAAUAGUAUAUAUAUAUUUUAUUAUAUAAAUCAUAAAAAAUAUAUUUAAACCAGUAGAAAAUGAUUACGUGGUAAACAUUUACCGGUGCAUGAAUCAUGAACAUUGCUUAGAAUUUGUCAAUACGUGACAAUAAAUCUUUGAAGUUUGCAUUUAUUUAUAAAAGUUAAGACAUUAGUGUUUGGACAAUAAUACACAACUGUAACGGAACAAAAUGGCGCGCGUCGUGAUAGUUUUAAUGAUAUGCCAAAUUUUAAGUUUUCCUAUUCUCACGCAGAGUAAUGAUGACAAUCCAUUCUUGGAUCUUGCAUCAUCAUUCUUGCAAAAUAUGGGCGAUGGGGGGAACAACUUGAAUGGGAUGGCUGCUAUCGGCAAUAUCGUCGGUAGCUUAUUACAGGGAGAUAAUGCUAAGAAUUUGGGAUCAUUGCUAGGACAAGACAAUGGAAGCGCUGGCGAUGUUUUAUCUGGUUUGGGAAGCCUGUUGGGUGGACAAGACGGCAAAAUAGAUCCAACACUAGUAGGAUCCAUGGUAUCAAUGCUCGCACAGCAGGUAUCUUCAAAUAAUCAGCCGAAUCAACGCCAAAAACGAGAAGCAGAAUCAAAUGACAUCAAUAUGGAAAGCAUUCUGAACAUGGCAUCGGGAUUUUUAGGCAAUAAGAACAUCGCGGGAAUUUUACCCUUAGUCAUGAACAGUUUAAGUGCAUUUUCGGAUGAACAGGCAAAUCAACGGGCUGAUAGUCACAAAGAUCAUUCAUCUUUUCUUCCACCGUUCUUGGAGAAAGCGCAUUUGUACUGGGACGUGUUCAUAAAUUCUGAAUUGGGGAAAACAGUUUGGGAGAAGUCUGGAAUCAAACGGGCCAUGAAGUCUUUUAUUGGUCCUGAUGGAAAUGUCAGUUUCGAAUUGAUGUUCAAGAGUUUUGAAAAUCAUUCCUUCAGGAGACAUUGGAUUAAGGCUGUCGCGAAGUAUCUAACUGAUAUGGUCGUUCAUGUAGCUAAGCCAGAAGUAUAUCAAAGAUACUUAUCGUCUGGUCAGUACAUUAUAAACAGCUUCCUAGAUACUCAAGGUUUGCCCAAGACCACCCACUUCAAUAUGAAUAAGCCGGAGAAAUCAAUAACAGCUUUGACGAAUUACGUUCUAAGGAAAUACUUGGACAUGGAUACAGAUGUUUCUGGAUACGUAAAGUCCGCGCUAGAAUAUAUGAAGCAAAUCUUAAAAUUAGCACAGACCGCAUCUCAAAACCUCGCCAACCGAGCGGAUUACCACGCAAUCGCAGACAGAUUGACGGAUACAUUGAAUUUGGAAGUUAUAGAACCCGUCCUGAGAGUAUACAGAGCUUACAAGCACUCCAAGGCAGCACCACAUUGCCAGGAACAUCUCAUGUGUGUCGUGAACAGUCACCACGACCAAGACAAACAAGGGCUUCCUGGGUUUAAGGCUGGGCUGACUAAGCUGAGCAGUCUGGCCGCAUCAGCAGCACUCAGCUUCCAAAACGGCAAGGGAUUUUGGGAUCUUUACAACGCAAUACAGAGCGAUGUCAACUGUGAGGCCAAGUAUCCAGCGGAUUGCGCUGCGUUCCACGAACAUGAGCUGAAAGUCACUACUGAAGUAUACCAUAGUGAAUUAUAAAUAAAUAUUUAAUUAAUAUGCACAAUUAUAAUUUACUUAAAUAUACAUCAGCUAAAUAAAUAAUAAAAUAAAUUAGGAAGAAU